AAAUGCCCAGACUACUGAUCUGCCAAUUUUAUACGCCCGGAGCGUCAUUUUGCGCAUGUGUCUCCUGUCUGUUGUUUAAAUUUGUUACAGACCGCUCAAACCCAGGGGGUGGGGAAAAGUGUAACAUUUUCGGAAUAAAUCUCUGGGCUGAUGAUUACAUACUGCACAUGUGUGCCCGGUGACCCUUUGCGCAGCAGGAGGACGCAUCUGUUGAGCACCGAUGACCAAACGACCUCACACACCCACAUUUAUGUGUGGAAUCCAAAGUUCAACAUAUCACUGGAACACUAAAAAAACACGACAAAACCAACCUCAUCUUACAGUAAAAUGCUAAAACUAAAUGAGAAAAAAAUGAGACAAUGUAACAAAACCAGCCAAGCUGUUUCAAAUGUUACCACAUAAGACCACACCACUGAAAACUAAAAAUAGACUGUUAUUUUUUUUAACAACAUUGUGUUUUCUUAAGAAAUAGUAUUAUUUUAUAGAUUUUUAAUAGGUCAGUACUUAAGUUAACCAAUUACCUCAACACAAGCCUUCAAAUAGACAUCAUCUUUAGUCACAUAAUCACACAUACUGAUGCUGACCACCAUGACGUACCGCAUGCCAAACUUCACCUUGGAACAGAAGCUGUUCCUGCUACAAAGGAUCCAUGCGGUGGUGGACACAGUUCAGGACUUUCGGAAAGACACCAACACCACUGUGCAUAGAAACGCUGUGUGGGCAGAGCUGGCUCAAUCCUUCAAUGCAGCGUUCCCUAGUCGACCCCCCAGUAGCAUUGGGUCUCUGAAGACACUGUGGAAGCGACUGAAGGUGGAAUGCCGCGUGGCUCUACAGAAACGACAGGAACAGCAGGCUGCUGGGCUACCCGUGUCUCCACUUACACAGUUGCAGAGAGAAGUUAUUACACUGAUACCAAACCUGAUAUCCAGUCUCGAAGAGGUAGAUGGAGAUGGCAGCUUUGCUUCGGUUAGGAGUGGAUCACCUGGAGUAGUGUCGGGGAUCUCGGGCACUAAUGGAAGUGAACACGAAAAUGCUGAGCAAAGUCAAAAUAGUGAUGUGGACAGCAAGGAGAAUUUAGCCAUCGACCUUGGCCUGGCCUUAUCUACACGUACACGAAUCAACUCUGGGAUUCCCCCUGGCCCUGCCUCCUCCCCACCCCCUAUGCGGAUCCGGUCACAUUCCAUCACUUCCAGGUCCAGUCACCAUAAUCUCUUUUAUCCUGGUCAUGCAGGAAGCAUCUCGGGCCAAGCAUCAGGGACCCAUGUCUUAAAUUCUGACACCGUACACAGAGAUUCUGCAGUCCCGCCUGCUGCAGGAUCAGCUGAGAAUUCAUUAACGGUGACAGAUUCUUAUAACACAAAAUGGGAGACACGUCGACAGGAACUGUUCGAACUGGAGCAUCAGCAGACAAUGAGCCUGUUGCUUCUGCAACAGUGUGUGUGGGAGGAGAAGAGGAAAGCUGUGAGACAGAAAGAGAAAGCCGCACGGGCCAAGAAGAGAUAUUAUCGAGCCAAACUACAGAAGAUUGGUGCAGAGGUUCCACUCUCCAGCAGUGAAAGUGAGGACCUAGACUUUCCACAUUUAUGAACUCAGAUGUUUGUCACAUCUCUUAGCUCUGUUAACUUUCUUUUGGAAAGGCUUUUUUAGUCAACUGUUGUUGUUGUUUAUUACCAAAACAAUUAUUUUGUCAUUUUGUUUCGUAAUGUACCAUAAAACACUUUGUUUAAAGGAAUAUUCCAUUUUCUUAAAAGAAAAAUCCAGAUAAUUUACUCACCACCAUGUCAUCCAAAAUGUUGAUGUCUUUCUUUGUUCAGUCGAGAAGAAAUUAUGUUUUUUGAGGAAAACAUUGCAGGAUUUUUCUCAUUUUAAUGGACUUUAAUGGACACCAACACUUAACACUUAACUCAACACGUAACAGUUUUUUUCAACGGGGUUUCAAAGGACUGUAAACGAUCCCAAACGAGGCAUAAGGGUCUUAUCUAGCAAAACGAUUGUCAUUUUUGAACAAAGCACAACUUCUCAUCUAGAUCCGGUCCAGAGCGACCUUAUGUAAAUGCGUAGGGAGGUCACGUGUUACAUAUAUAAAACGCACAUUUGCGGACCAUUGUAAACAAUAAAGUGACACAAAGACAUUAAUUAGUAUCAGUUGACAUACAACAACGUAGGAACGGUCCUCUUUCUCAACACUAGUAAACACUGGGGCGGAGUUUCGCUUUCGCCCUCUGUGACCUCUUGACGUCAUUACGUAUUGCGUGGGGUCACGCUGGCGCAUCACGACCGGAUCUAGACGAGAAGUUGUGCUUUAAAAGUGUAUAUUUGUUAUUUUUCAGCUCGCCUAGAAUUAAACAUUUGAUUUUUACCGUUUUGAUUAGAUUUGGCUGAUCUCCGGGUCUGGCGGUACCACUUUAAGCAUAGCAGUUUAGCAUAAUCCAUUAAAUCUGAUUAGACCAUUUAGCAUCGCGCUCAAAUAUAACCAAAGAGUUUCAAAAUUUUUCCAUUUAAAACUCGACUCUUCUGUAGUGCCCAAAAAUAGUCCCCUGCUAUUGAAAGUUACCAAGGAGACUAUUUUCGGGCACUGUGUAAUAUCAUUGCGCCUGCUUCUAGUCCUUGAUUAUUAUGCCAGAAUGAGAGUAUAGUUUCUAGCCAUAUCGGCCUAGAAAAUCGCAACAAAUUUUCGGUCCUAGUACACGCUGUAACUACAGUAGAGGCAAGUUUUAAAUAAGAAAAAUAUCUAAAAUCUUUGGUCAUUUUUGAGCGCAAUGCUAAUGGUCUAAUCAGAUUCAAUGGAUUGUGCUAAGCUAUGCUAAAAGUGGUACCGCCAGACCCGGAGAUCAGCUGAUUGAAUUCCAAAAUGGUAGAAAUCAAAUGUUUAACUAGGGGAGCUGGAAAAUAAGCAUAUUUUCAAAAAAAGUGAGUGUCCCUUUGAGUUAACAGUUUGCCAGUAGCAUAGGAAGCAUUACAAAAAUUAUUCUUAAUGGGGUUGUUUUCCAGAUAGGGCUUAAGUCUAGUCCAAUUUUAACAUAUAUCAGUGCCAUUGUUUUGUCUCAAGAUGCACACCAGUAAUUUUUUGUAAAGUUUGUUUGUAAAAGCAACUUAAAUGUCGUAAUAUAAUGUAAGGCCUAGUCCUGAAUAAACCUAUGCCCUGUCCGGGAAAGCGCCCUAAUAUCUUAGAUUAAAUAAUUAAAGUUUAAGGAUGUUUAAAUAUUUUUACUGGAAAACUAAACAAAAAGAAAAACAUAGAAGAAUAAUACCCAGAAAAUUAUUGUUCCACUGUGUGAAGGGAAUCAGGUUCUCCUAAACCCAUCAGAGGUCUCAUCUCUUGUUAUCCUCCCUGUCAUCAGCACUAAUGCUCAGACAGUCAGGCCACAGUUGCAAUAAGGAUUUGAAAUCAGGGGAGAACAAUUUAAGAGAUCUGUAAUACUUCCGAGAAUAUUAUUUAAUGCUUGUUUCAGGAUCAUACCAAAGAUGGAUUGUGGUCCUCUGAGGCACCAGAGACAGUACCCUCUUAAAAGAUAUUGCUUAUUUUUAAUUUUUUUAAUAAAAUUAUAUCGUAAAUAUGAAGAAUAUAGUUUAAAUUGCAAGUAAAUUACCAGAAAUUGAAUUGCAUUCAUGAGAAUGAUCUUACCAUGUGUGUCAAACAUGUUAAUCCUAAGGAGGGGCCAAGCAAGGUCCAUAAUCUGUCUCUGGAUCAUAUGUGUCUUGAGGGCAAUUACAUCAGGACCCUUCCUCUUAGAUUCAAUAUACUGUUCAUUUAUUUAUACUAUGCAGAUUUUUCAGGUGAAAAGGUGCUUCUCAUUGACUUUCUGACUGUAUAUUUAGGCUCAGUGAUUUUCAUUCACUCAUCUUAAUAAAUGUAAAAUCUUGCAUCAUUUACUCACCUUCAUCCCUUUUCAAACCUGUGUUCAAAGUCAUACAGGUUUGUUAUUACAUGAGAGUGAGUAAAAAUAUUUAUUUUGAGCAAAAUUAUCUUUUAAGAAAUGUUAGACUAGUCUGGAUAUAGGAUUGUGUACUGCAGAUCACAUAAACAAAAUG